CAAUUGAAACAAUUGUAAAUAUUUCUUCAAUAUGUCUAGAAUUCAUUUAAGAUAUUUUAAUUUACGAAAGAACAAACCUCUUCUGGUUGUAAGAGAUGCCACUCGCUGUCCUCCAACCGUAGUCAUUUGUAUUGUAUUAUAUGUCUUUUUUCUUCUCUGUAACAGCAUUUGUGCGUCUUCACCUCGAAUUGGAUUCUUUCAGUGUUUAAAGUUAAAAUUCGAUAAUAUUUUUAAAGAACGGUUAAAUUGUCGACAAAAUUCUUUGAAGAUUUUCUGUUUCGAUUGUUCCUUCACUGUUAAUGACUGUGAUUUGAUUGAAGAAUUCAAAUAUGAAUUUUUAUACGACGAAAAUUGUGUAUCUAGUCAAAUAUUUGGUAUAUUUUGCUGCAAGAAACAAAGCAAAGGAUGUAUCUGUUCCUGUUUUUCGUGCUUUAAAAGUCUUCCUUUAUAUCUAAUGAAAAAUUUUUAGAUCAGUUUAUACAUCGUUGUCACCAACGCAAGAAAAUGGGGAAAACAAUAUGUAUUAAUUUUUCAAAAGAAAUGAAGAAAAAGCUGAAAGCAAAUAAAUAAACAUUAUCUAUCAAUCAAAA